UGGACCCAUGAACCAGCAGUCCUGCCCGACAAAUCCAUCCAAAGCGGCCAUGGCUUCGCUCGUGGUGCUCCUGGCAUUUGCUUGGUCGGCCGAGGGCUACUAUGGGGGCACCUGUGGUUCGGCUGAGGUGGCAGGGGAGAUUCAAGGAGAGGAUGGCGUGGUUUGUGCGCCCCGCUGCAGCGCCAGCUAUGAGUGCCCGACCGAGUUCGCAGCCGUGCAGGCGCAGCCACAGUGCAUGCUCCAAAACGUAGACCAGGCCUUCUACUGUGGCCUACUGUGCCAAGCAGAUGCUCAAUGCCCAAGUGGAGCCUCAUGUCGAAAGGUCGGAACGCAGAAUGUCGGACUGUGUAUCCACCCUUUGUCCUUCUCAGAUUGGGCACGCUUGUCCUCACGGAUGAAGCUCAGCAUAGGCUUUCCGAGUGCGCCCAGUGGUCAGAGCAAGGGCUUCCAGAUUGCCAAGGCGUACUCAGCCCUGCAGAGCUUGAAAAGGCGUUACUCGAUCUCCGAUGGAGAUGCAGAUGUGGUGACUGUGAAGGAGAUGUUGGCGGCUGCUUCCAGCCCAAACAGCCUCACGGAUCAACAGCGAGGCGCCUGGAACAAACUGGAGACCUUGCUCACGCACCAUUCGUCGAAACCUGCCGGUUUGGGUGCUGAAGUCUCCUCUGAUUUGAAGCUUUUUAGCAACAACAUGUUGUCGGGACCGGCCGGCUGGGAGCGUGAAGCCGAGUCCGUGGUUUGGAAUGUCGAGCACAUUGACCACUACGGAGCCGCCAGCGGACUGCUUCGAGGCAUCAUCGAAGUGGCCAUCGUUUAUCUGGUUUGUGGAGCCAUCUACAACUAUCAGAUGCAAGGUGCCAGAGGUAUCCACUUGAUUCCUCACGUGGGCUUUUGGAUGAACUAUCCUUCCCUGGUCAUGGACGGGGUGAAAUAUGCCACGCAGAUGCUGUCCCAAUACACCGGGAAGGAGCCUCCCAGAUUUUUGGAUUCGGGUGCCCCUGGCGGCUUCCAGACUUUGGGCGCAGAGAGGGACACCUUUGCUCACUUUGAGCCCAGCAGAUAGGCCCGCAUUGCAAGCCAACCGUCAGCGUAGCUGGUUCCAAAAACUCCGCCAAAGAUCGGGAAGAAAAGGU